CCUUAUUGCUUUUAACAAAUACACCUUUGACCCAUUCAGUUGCACUGGCAGUAGCUAUUUUGUGCUCCAACCAUGAGUUAGUGAAUUAUAAAAACUACUUACCUUUAUCAUGUUGGUGGCUUUUUUGUUCUCAGGUACAACGAUGAAAAACUUACAGGGAUGCAGAGACGCAUUCCACGUGCUUAACUGAGUAACAGCAUGCACAUACACACGGGGAACACUGCCAGCACUAACAGUGACAUGGCACUGGCUUCACAUGACUUGUCUGGGAGGGGACAGGCAGCUCCUGCUUAGAAACACACCCCCAUUGCCCUUGCCUAAACCUCAUAAAGUUUCGACAGCGGUAGUGAAAAGUGAGGAGUUGAACUCUGGGCUCUGAAUAGACACAAGGACCUCUCCUAGGCUACCAUCAGCAGGUGGUGAGCAAAGAACAGGCAGCCAGAGUUCAAGGGUGCUUGAAAAGAUAUGAUAGAGACUUUGAGGAAGUCAUUAAAAGGCAAUGUCGUGUCUGUGUGAAGUCCAUUGUCAGCUUUUCUAGGAACAGGGUUUCCCCUAAAAUCGUGCAGUGCUUGGUAGGACAUCAAACAACACCACGUCUGGUCCUGUGUCUGUCCACACAGAGUGGCUGAUAUGCAACUGUUCAGGUGACCAGUUUAUUCCUCCUUUCUGCAACGCUUCAAGAAGAGUACUCCCAAGAGGCUUCCCUCCAUCUUCAAGAUGGAAACAGACUCUGGAUAUUCCUCCACAGCUGAGCUGCAGAAGCAGGGAAAGAAGCUCUCGGAUGCCUUGAGGAUCACUGCCUAUGUCUUCAGUACAGGCCUGCUCAUGUUCACUGCCUUAGUGAACACUGCUUCUUGGUUUAUGCAGAAUAUAACUGUAGGCAAUUUCUGGCAAACAGCAUGGUUGGAGUUCUACGACCAUAUGGAGGGAGAUGAGUGGACAAUCUUCCUCGUUGGGGCUGCAUUGGUGCCUGCACUUGCUUUCUGGGGCUUCAAUGGAAUCCUUCUGGUGGCUGAUAUAACAGGAAAGCCAACUUUCAUUACUCGCUAUCGCAUUCAGCUGGGCAAGAAUGAUCCUGUGGACAGAAAGAAACUGUGGAAAGCCAUCUACACAGCGCUGGGUAAUCAGUUCUUUGUCUCCUUUCCCAUGCUUGUGCCCAUGUUCUACAUCAUGCAAUGGUGGGAAAACACCUUCAGCAAGGAAUUACCAACCUUCCAAUGGUUUCUUGUGGAGCUAAGCAUUUUUACUGUAUUAGAGGAAAUUCUCUUCUACUAUACACACAGGCUUGUUCACCACCCAGUGCUCUAUAAGCACAUUCACAAGAAGCACCACGAGUGGACAGCCCCCAUCGGUGUGGUCUCCAUUUAUGCUCACCCAAUAGAGCACAUAGUCUCCAACACUCUGCCUGUGAUGACUGGCCCGAUGAUUAUGGGAUCUCAUAUUGUUUCAGUCUCAGCAUGGUUCUCCAUUGCUCUUGUAACAACGAGCAUUUCUCACUGUGGCUACCACCUGCCCCUCCUGCCAUCUCCAGAGUUCCACGACUUCCACCACCUCAAGUUCAACCAGUGCUACGGAGUGCUGGGAGUGCUGGAUUUCCUGCAUGGCACGGACAAAAUGUUCAGACAGACCAAAGCCUUCGAGAGACACAAGGUCCUGCUCAGCCUCACACCACUCUCUGAAAGCAUCCCAGAUCCACCCAAAAAAGAGGAGUGAACCAGCUCAGCAGCUCUUGCCCAGCCUGGUGAUGAGCAGAGUGAGAGACAAUGAUUUAUGCCAAAUAGUAUUUUAAUCAGGAAACAAAUUCUUGUCCACACAGAUCAUGAAGCUGAAGUUAAAUAUGCUGCUUUGAAACUACUGCACUUUUGUUGCCAUUGUUUACUAUAUAAGACACUUAUUAAAAAAACUGCUCUAGAAAUGUUUUUAAAAUUUAAUGGUUUAUCUGUUACUUGCCCUGUCUCUUGGUUCCAGCUGCCUGUGUAUGAGCCCAGUGUGUUCUGGGCCACAUGGCUCAGGGUUCUCAUUAUUAAGGUUUUAGCACCAGACUCCACAGGUGAUUAUUUGGCAUCUCUUGUCAGCACUCACUCUACAGAAACAUCAAAGUCACUCCAUCUCUGUGUGAUACAAUUAACACACGCUUUUGUGACUCAGAGCACCUGGAACACAGGACACAACCCCGUGGAAAAUCACUGGGGCCACAGCUUUAGAAACACUCCCUUCACAUGCAACAAGGCCUGGCUUCCUGUGAGCAGCUGUCAUGCACAGGAGGUGAGUACAGGGCUGAAGUGGGGCUGCCACAGCCUCAUCACUGCUCCACAGACAGCUGCACACAAAGGGAGUUACCCCUUGUGGGGACAUGGAAGGAGAGCUGGGAGCUGAUGUGCUUCAUCUCCUCCUCCUGCUGAGCCUCCCCUUGCUCUGAGGCACAACCAAAAUUCUGAUAAAUUCCAGAGAUUUUCCAAGGAGAGCAGAGUCCCUGCUGUCCUGAGCUGUGUGGAGAUUAAGGAACCCCUCUAAGAAAGGAGCCAAGAAAGCAGCCCCCAGAACAAUAUGCACAUUGCCACGUACCCACAGACCAUCCAAGACAUACUGUGAAUUCUCUCAAGGAUCUUCCUACGUCUCAGUCCUGCCUGGGAGGCCUGCAACAAAAACACCACAUUUCUCCCCAGUGCUAGAGCAGCCCCUCGAGGAACAGGCACACAGGGCUGACCUGUGCUGCACUGACCAUGGGUCAGCCCAGAUCUACCUGUGGAACCAAAGGCACUUCCCCUGCUCCUCUCCAGUGCCCACAACUGCACCAGGAUGAACCCAGCCCAGUUACCUGGGCAGUUCCCUGGGGAGGGCAAGUCAGCAGAACAGAAAACCCAGGCACCACUGUCUUUUGAACUUUUUAUUUUUAUACAUUUUUUUUGUAUUAAAAAGGAAAAAGCAUAAUUACCACAAAUUACAAAGGACUAAAGCAUUACUAGAAUAAUGAAUCACAUCAGCCUAGAAAGCAGAUACUCUGAAUAAUAUUAAUGUUAUAAUACAAGCUCUCAUUCAAGUAUUUUACAUUUUUCUCUUUUCCUUUUAUACGUGAUGAUGAUCCUAGCACAUGGGUCAAAGAUUAUGUACUAUCGACAGAGAUGGAUCAUGUACAGCAGGCCGUAUUAACAAGAUUUUCCUCCCAAGUGAUA